UAGAAACGCUUCAAGGAAAUCCAAACAACCAGAAUGACACGGAGGCGCACCAACAUUACUGUGAACCAUUCCUCAUAGCCACGUAAGACUUAAAUCACUGGAAAACAUCAAAACUAUUGACGAAGAACGAACACAACAACGCACCCUCACCAUCACAUGAUCGUCAGUCCGGACCCCGCACCAUGACGUGGAAGGUGUGCUUCGUGUUCCUUCUUGCAGCCUGUGUGCUGCCAGGGCAGAGUGCUCUCCUAGGAAGCAAGAAAUGUACCUAUGGCCCCAGCUACUGGUGUUCAUCCCUCAAGGGUGCCAAGGAGUGCAAUGCCGUGCAACACUGCAUACAGACAGUGUGGGAGCAUCAGCAGUUGCCAGAAGACAAUGACGACAUCUGCACCAUCUGCAAGAACAUGGUGCAGGAAGCAAGGGAUCAGCUGCUUAGCAAUGAAACACAGGAAGAGAUUCGUGAGGUGUUUGACGGGUCCUGCCGCCUCAUCCCCAUCAAGGUGGUGUCUGAUGAGUGCAUCCACCUGACCAAUGACUUCAUUCCUGAGCUCAUUGACACCCUGGCCUCACAGAUGAACCCACAGGUGGUGUGUGCCACAGCAGGUCUCUGCAACUCUGUCGCUGUGGACAGGCUUCUGCGGCAGUACAAGGAAAAUCACCCAGACCACGGAAACUCCAUCAUCCCAGUGCAGACCCGACCAGCCCCCCGUCCAAAGCCAGCCACCCAGACCCAGACCCAGCCAGCCCAGCGCCCGCAGACCCCCCAACCUGGAGACUGUGAAGCAUGCAAGGACUUUAUCAAGCGCACGAUUCGCCUGGUGAAGACCCACUCUCGUGCUGAGCUGAUGGACCGUCUGCUUGCCAUCUGUGGUCGCCUUGGAUCCAUCUCUGAUGGCUGCAUGGCGCUGGUUGAGGCAAACUUCAACGACAUAUAUGUCUUCCUCACUCGGGAACUGACCCCUGAGGACUUCUGUGACCUUGUGGAGAUGUGCGAGACAAGGAUGCAUGAAGGAGGCUUCUACCAGCGGGCACCCCUGUCAUACUCUGGGGACGAGGCUUGUGACUUCUGUGAGGCCAUUGUACAGCACUGGCGGGAUGUCCUCACUGCCAACACUACAGAGACUGAGUUUAAGCAGAUCCUAGAUGGGCUGUGUCGCCAGACUGGCAAGUUUAGCAAGAACUGUCUGGCUCUUGUGGACGAGUACUAUCAGCCACUCUACAACCUGCUCAUGUCAGAGAUUCGGCCCAAGCAAAUGUGUGAAGCUGUUGGUCUGUGUGGGGAGAACUCUGUCUUCAACCAACAGGCUCCAGUGUGGACCCUUCUCAAGGCACAACAGCCUGAUGUAGUGCCCCAGGUGGCUCUGCUGCCAGCUAUCCGUGUGGAGAACCAGCCAGGCAACAGGUUGACAGGCCAGGAUGAGGCAGCUGCCAUUAGCCACGAGCACCAGCCAGGCUUCAGGUUGACUGGCAUGGAUGAGGCAGCUGCCAUUAACCAUGAACGCCAGCAGGAAGCCUCUCAGCAGGGCCCCCAUCUGGCACGUGUUCCCUUGAGUCAUGCUGGUAUUGCCGUGUCACAUGUCGGCGCAAGUGGUGUGGUUGCUCCGGCUGUGGGCAAGACCAAUGUGAAGGACGACAACAAGUGUGUCAUGUGCGAGUUUGUGAUGCAAUUCCUCCGCAACAUGCUGGAGCAGAAGGACACACGGGAGGACAUCGAGAACGCAGUGGAGAGCGUCUGUGGGUUGUUGCCCCACACUGUCUCUGAGGAGUGUGAGGAUUAUGUGGAGGCUUAUGGAGACCAAGUCAUUGAACUGCUGGCCCAGGAGAUUGACCCAGCCAAGGUGUGCCAGAUGAUCCACCUGUGCCCGGCUGUGGUGGCAGCAUCAGAGGUGAAGGAUGACGUGUCGUGUGUCAUGUGUGAGUACGCCAUGACCCAGCUUGACCAAAUCCUCGGAGACCACAGGACAGAGGAGGAGAUCCAGCAGGCCCUGGACCACCUGUGCUCCAUGCUGCCCCAGGCAGUGCAAGGAGAGUGCCAUGUAUUUGUUGACACCUACACUGACCAGAUCAUCCACCUGCUUAUUAAUGAAUUCACACCUGACCAGAUUUGUGUCCAACUCCACCUCUGCAAAUCUAAAGCUCCUCCGCUUCAGGAACUGAACAGCCCCAACCAGCUCCCAGUGUCUCGCUUGUUUAUAGGCCUACCUGCUGCCCCCCUGGUGUCAGAAAACAGCAUCAGCACCUCUGGUGGCGCACUUCAACUGCAGCAGUCAUCAGUGUGCGUGAUGUGUGAGUUUGUGAUGACACAGGUUGACAACUUCCUUGAGGAUAACACUACUAAGAAUGAAAUCAUUGAGGUGGUGGACUUUGUGUGCGCUCAUCUUCCCAAGACACUCAUGACUGAUUGCAUCAGCUUUGUGGAGCUGUACGGGGAAGCCAUCAUUGACAUCCUUGUGGACCAGGAGAUGGACCCCAAGUUGGUGUGCCAGACCCUGCAGCUCUGCAAGGCCCCUUCUUUCACAGGACUGAGAGCCACUAGAAACCUGGACAAGUGCCAUAUUUGUGAGGCAAUCGUGUCACAGGUUGAUAAUGAACUGGAGAAGGAAGAAACUGAAGUGCUCAUUGAUUCCCUGCUGGAGAAGGUGUGCAAGUACCUGCCCUUCAACACCACUACCCAGUGCCGAAACAUGGUGGAAGUGUAUGGACCUUACCUGGCUAACUUGCUGGCGGAGGUGUUGGUGCCGAGGAAGGUGUGUGAGGAGCUGCAUGUUUGCCAAAGGGAGGAGGGCCAACACAGUCUCCUUGGGGGGAACAAAUGCUCCUGGGGCCCAUCCUACUGGUGCCAGACACAGAUUCACGCCUCUGCUUGCAAUGCUAUAAAUCAUUGCAAGCAGACUGUGUGGAGGAUGCACACGCCCCUCAUCUAAGCAUUCUGCUGCUGGGAGUGCUGCUGUUGAUACUGCUGCUUCAUGGUCCAUCCCUCCUGUUCUCUCUUUAGGGCCACCAAGCUCUCCUCUAAAUAUAAGCAGAUCAGCAUUAACUGUAAAUUCCUAUUCAGUCUGACUA